GCGCGUUGCCCCCGCAACAUGGCGGCGGCGUGAAGCGGCCGGCGGCGGGAGCCGCUCGAGGGAGGCGGGGGUGCCUCUGCCCCCGGCCCGGAAACUGUUGUACUGAAAGGAAGAAUUAACUGGUCUUUCAACUUCAGCCUUUUUAUUGUGAGAGGGAAGAUCACACAAGUGUUACCAUGGGGAGAACCACGACUAAAGAUUCAAAGGAAAUUAAAAAAGAGAAAGAUGGAAAGAAUCAGCAGGCAAACAACCCGUCUUUAAAAAGUGAACAGUUUAGUUGGGAUGAUUAUCUGAAGGAGACUGAAUCAAUAGCUGCCCCUCUACAUUGUUUCAAACAGUCCAGAAUUCCACCUACAAAUGAUUUCAAAGUUGGCAUGAAACUGGAAGCCCGUGAUCCUCGCAACGUUACCUCGGUUUGCAUAGCUACGAUAAUUGGAAUCACUGGGGCCAGGCUAAGGUUGCGACUCGAUGGAAGUGACAACAAAAAUGAUUUUUGGAGGCUGGUGGACUCCUCAGACAUACAGCCCAUCGGGACCUGUGAGAAGAAGGGGGGCAUGCUGCAGCCUCCACUUGGAUUCCAGAUGAAUGCAUCUUCUUGGCCAAUGUUUCUCUUAAGAACUCUAAAUGGAGCUGAAAUGGCGCCUGCGGCGUUCUUUAAGAAGGAACCACCCAAACCUGCCACAAACUGCUUUAAAGUUGGAAUGAAGCUUGAAGCCAUAGACAGAAAGAACCCAUACUUGAUUUGCCCAGCAACCAUUGGAGAUGUUAAAGGAGAUGAAGUUUUUGUUACUUUUGAUGGCUGGAGAGGAGCAUUUGACUAUUGGUGCAGAUGUGAUUCUCGUGAUAUUUUCCCAGUUGGAUGGUGUAGCUUGACAGGAGAUGCAUUACAACCACCAGGGAACAAUGUUUCCAUUACAAAGAGCAGUGCAAAAAUCCAAUCUUCCCCUUCCAAAGUGACCCGGCGUUCAAUGCAGUCUCCACAGAAAUCUGCUCCAGUACCAGCGCAGCGGGGCAGGAAACCAGGUCGGGGCAAACCCCCUGGACAGUCUACAGUUCCCAAGAAGGGCAGGUCUCCUAAAAAUAUUCCCCUGACCAAAAGCACCUCUCAUACUGAGAAUCUUAAAACAAGGAAAAAAAGUUUAAAACCUGGAAAAAAGAAAAAAGUCUUACCAGAGCAACUGACUCCUGCACCACCUUCUCCUCUUUCUUCUCCUGAUGGGGACAGUGGCACUACACAGAUGCUGAAAGAUGGAAUUAGUUUGUCUGGUGCAGCUGCAGCAGUUAUAUCCACAGUGUGUGUUUAUGUCAACAAGCAUGGGAAUUCUGGGCCUCACCUGGAUAAGAAGAAGGUUCAGCAGCUUCCAGAUCACUUUGGACCAGGUCCUGUCAACGUGGUACUUCAACAGGCUGUACAAGCUUGUGUGGAUUGUGCCUAUCAAUCCAAAACAGUCUUUGGAUUUCUGAAAUCUGGCCAUCAUGGAGGGGAAAUGAUAACUGCUUCCUUUGAUGGGGAGAAGCAUGCCAUCAAUCUUCCUUCUGUAAACAGUGCAUCGUUUGUGCUACGUUUCUUGGAGAAACUCUGCCACAGUCUUCAAUGCGAUAAUCUUUUCAGUAGCCAGCCUUUCAGCCCUUACAUGGGGUGUGCACAUAGUCCCACGGAGUACGAUAGGAACAAACCAGCAAAAGAAGAAAUACAUGAAAACGGAAGUGUUAAACGAUACUCUCAGGACUCUCCACCAUACACCGCUCCCCUUUCCCCUAAGCUUCCGAGGAGUGAUGCUCAUCCAUCUGAAGCAGAAACAUUACGUAUAGAAGAAAACAGCACUUCCAAAGAGCAUCGCUUUUCUGAGGACUCUAUGGAUUCUGCACUUAAUUCAGUAAAUCUGUCAAGCCCGGCCCGUCGAAAUUCCACCGAAUAUCGUACUUCAGGGAGUGCAGCGUAUUACAGGAAUUCCUUUCAGCCAGUGACUGCUACCUCAAAUUCAGCCCCAGUCCUGCGCCGGCUGUCAUUGAGCUCUGCUGGGAACAGCAGUUACUACGAAGUCAGUAGGAAUCGAAUACAGAGGAGGAUUGAAGCUGCAAGUUCCACAACUGGACCAGAUCUGAAUUCACUUAAGAGGGAACCUUCAAGAAUAUCGAAUAAGGAUCCGUCCACCUGGUCAAUAGAGGAAGUAAUGUGUUUUGUGAAAGAAGCUGAUCCACAGGCACUAGCUCCACAUGCUGAACUCUUCAGGAGACAUGAAAUCGAUGGAAAGGCACUACUGUUACUGAGGAGUGAUAUGAUCAUGAAAUACAUGGGACUGAAGCUGGGGCCUGCCCUGAAGUUGUGCUACCACAUUGAAAGACUUAAACAAGGAAAGUACUAGCUGAACGGGGACACUGCAGUGUGUGUGCGUGUGCGUGUACCACACUGAGCUCUCAGGUUAACUGCCAUCACCUUUAUUUAAAAGUCUUUUGCUGGUGUAAGUUAUCUGUAUUUUUUGGAAGUUCUGUCAAAAUGUGAAAAAAGACACCUUAGGAGAAAGUAGAGGGAAAAGAUGUAUUCCAUUCUAGUGUUUUAGUGAACUGUUUCAGCCAGUUUGCAGGGAGAGACAGUUGGUAACGGGCAGGUUGGGUAACAGUGCCAAAAGGCACAUUCUCUGUUGCAGACUUCAGCAAACAUGUUCAUAUUCAGAACCAAAACAGCUGAAUCCCAAAGGGAAAAACAGAAACAGCAUCAGAUGUUAAUAAUUAUUACAGGGAUGGCUGUGAACUUUUACGUUGCAAGGAAAAUAGAAGAUCUAAUCUCAGCAGUGAGUGCCUGUUUCUCCAGAAGAGUAAUACUCAGAUUAUUCUUCAUAGAUUUCCAUAAAGGGAAUAGCUGUAUGAGCAGUUCAGGGGGGAGGGAGGUGUAGGGAGGGAAGGGUUACGGAGGAGAGGGCUUCAAACAAUUCUAAGCUUUUAUAAAGUGUGAUUAUCAGUCCUUUCGUGAGUUACGAGGACAAAUGUAGGGUAUGUUGUCAAUUUAUGGUGGCAAUAAUAGUUCUGUUUCAUGGAAGAGCACAUUGGCUGUAUAAACAGCCUGUUCUGGAACAGACAGAUUUCACUGUAACAACGCAUCCACAUUUUAAAACAUUCCAUCUUUUUGCUAAGUUUGUCAUGGAUACACGUCCUCAUGCUUUUUAUAGAUACACGUGUACGUGUUGGGGAAAUGCACGUUACAUGUAUUUGAAAAUGCACAUACACCCUGUACAUAUGUAUUCAGUUUUUAAUGUGUACUUUGCACUGUGCCAGAGAGAACUGUACAAUUUCCUGGGUUUUGUUUUCUUUUUUUACCAGUGAUUUUAGUCACGUGCUACUUUCAUUUCCAUUAGCGCCUGUUUAAUUUGUUGUCCAUUCUUGGAGUCAGAAGGUGACAAACAAUCAAAGGGUAGAUUUACUCCUACAGGCAAAAUCCCUGUACUAUGCAAUCCUCGUGGUUAUUCAUCACUUAACUGAGCCAUGUAUUCUGGUAUAUUUCUGGAAAUACGUGGUUGGUUCUGAUGUUUAAGACUUGUGUUUCCUUUAAGGAAGUGCCACUGUGUAAUGGAUAAGCCUGUUUAGGGUAAAAUUGGUGCUGUUUAUAUAAGCUACAACAACCAGCAGUGAUAAUAAACCAGUUUGUUUUCACUGCCAAUUGUAAUAUACAUCAGGGACAAGAAAAUAUACUUCUGUGUAGGAAACUGAAUGUACUGUAUGUAAUAGUGCAAGUGACGAAAACUAUUUGGUAGGGAAGGUGUAGUCCUUAAACGGUAGGUUUUAUUAUAUUUCUUAUUGCCUUUUUAUAUGAAGCUAUAUAGUAAAAAUGUAUUUUUUACAAAUUCCUUUUCUGAAACUGCCUUGCUGUACCAAUACUCUGAUACUGCUCAGGUUUCAGCAGAGAUACUGCUGCAAAAUAACGUGUUUUGUGGCUCACCGGCGUCCAAGAGCUUUGUUAGUUUAAGUGACUGCAAUGCAAUUUUAAUUUGGGCUUUGAGGAUUGUUUUUAUUACUCCAUUGCUAGACAUUGGACACAAAAGGUUAUCUAUAUUGAUUUGUUUUGCAUAUCUUUUGUGGUGCGUGUGUGCUUAGAUGAAUAAUACAAGCAUGUUCUGAAUAUUAGGAAGAGGUCAGAGCAUUGAUUGGAAAAGCAGAAUAUUUUCUCUUUGUGUUUGGAAAAUACUGACUUGAUCAUUGAUAAAAACCAUAUGAAAGUCCCAGUUAUAUAUUAAGAAAAACAUCAUGCCCCGCAUGUUGAGUAUGUUGUUUAAACCUUACUUCCACCAUGAUUUAUUAUGCUGAAGUUCAGAGUUCUUCAGUGUAAAAAGAAGUACUGCUCAUACAAUUAACUAAACAGUUUUCAUUUUUCACAUUGCCAUUGGCAGAGGAGAAACAAAGAUGUUUAAAAUUUCAGUUUGGCCUCUAUGGAAUGAACUUUUUAUACAUGGCACUAUUAUGGGUAUAAAUAUUUGUUCAAGGCUUUGCGGGCACCCGUGUGCUUGGGGGGUGGGGGGGUUACAAUACCAGAAUUUCACCACGUGCUGUAGUAUGAGAUUCAAGCGUUCCAUGUGCUCUAGCAGAAUAUAUUUUUUAUUCUUUCUUUUCAAUGGGAUGCUCUUUCCCAUCAUCAAAAAUAAAAUGGCUUGUUCAUUGUU